AUGUCCACGAUUCCCGGAUCCAAUCUUCAAAACAGCACAGACGACAAGGCUGAACCUGUGCUUCCUCUGCCUAAAAACGGCACACGAGGACGUAUGUGGAGUGAAGUGUGGACGUUGUGGUCUUGGCCACAAUUUCCUGCUUUGCUCCUCCAAAAGACCGCAGCUGCCCACGAAGCGGCCGUACAAGAAGUAACCACUCUUUCAACUCCAACCGUCAACGCCGUCAUCGUCAUCAACAAGCCACAAGCCGUCAUCAAUGCACCUACACCAAGCCGAACUCUCAAGACACCAUCAGCAAUCCACUAA